AUGUUGCGAACUAGUCUGUGGACUGCAUUCCGACAGCCAUCAGUGGCCACGCUUAGACGUUACUCUGCUUUGCCAAAACCUCUUCUCACACGCAAGCUAGCUAUACAACCUAUACCGAGAACACCUCUUGGAAGAACCUCAUUCUCAAGUACCCCUCAUAAGCAUACUCCUAUAGAGAAAACAACUAAGAAAGCAACAGAGGAAACCAAGAAGAAGAAAGAUAUCAGCGAUGUAAAGCGGCUCUUUACACUCGCUAAGCCUGAAGCAAAGAGUAUAACCGCUGCUAUUGGACUUCUUGUUAUAUCUUCUUCGAUAACUAUGUCUGUCCCAUUCUCAAUGGGAAAGAUAAUCGACAUUGUAUCCCACCCGGGAACCGAGAAUUAUAUGGGGCUGACAAUGCCUCAGUUCUUUGGUGCUCUUUCUGUCGUAUUCGUGAUUGGCGCAGCAGCAAACACUGGAAGAGUUCUGUUGUUCAGACUAUCCGGGGAGCGCAUUAUCCAAAGACUUCGUGGAAAUCUUUACAAGUCAAUCCUCAAACAAGACAUGGCUUUCUUUGAUAAGAACAGAACUGGCGAACUCAUAUCACGUCUUUCAGUUGACACUGCAAUUGUUGGUAAGAGCUUAACCAACAAUGUGAGCGAUGGAUUAAGAGCUCUCGCCACUGCCGCUGUUGGUUCUUCCAUGAUGUUUUAUGUCAGUCCACAAUUGACUGGAAUUAUGAUGCUUAUUGUUCCCCCUGUCGCAAUAUUUGCUAUUGUUUACGGUCGUUAUGUAAAGUCCCUUUCUCGUAAAACACAAACUGCAUUGAGUGAAAUUACCAAGGUGGCAGAGGAGCGUAUCAGUGCUAUAAGAACCGUCCAGGCAUUUGCAAAAGAGAAGCAAGAGGAGAAACGUUACGGCCUUCGUGUAGCAGAUGUAUAUAACCUUGCGACCAAGGAGGCAAUGGCUAGUGGUGCAUUUUUUGGUGGCGCAGGCCUAUCGGGUAAUCUUGCCGUGUUAGCUGUAUUGUGGUAUGGCGGACAUAUGGUACUUGAGAAUGCAAUCACAAUCGGUGAAUUAGCUUCCUUUAUGCUUUACACAGCCUACGUCGGUACUUCAUUAGCUGGAUUGACAAGCUUUUAUUCAGAGAUUAUGAAAGGAGUGGGUGCUUCUGAUAGAUUAUUUGAUUUGUUGGAACGCAAGAGUCCAAUUAAGGUGACAGGAGGUCAAAUUCUGCCAUCUCUACAUGGCAAGAUACGAUUCGAUGAUAUCCACUUUACCUAUCCUACUCGUCCUCAGUCUACAAUUUUCAAAAAGUUUUCCCUCACAGUUGAGCCAGGAACAGUAGUGGCUGUUGUUGGACCUUCGGGCUCAGGAAAAUCUACAAUUGGAUCCCUUUUGCUGCGAUACUAUGACCCAAAUUCAGGAUCUAUAUAUGUUGAUGAUACAAACAUCAAGGAUAUUAACCUGCACUGGUGGCGUGAAAAUGUUGGUGUUGUUUCCCAGGAACCUGUUUUAUUUGCUGGUACCAUCGCAGAAAAUAUUUCCUAUGGCCGUGAAGACGCAACACAUGAAGAGAUUCAAGAGGCUGCAUCCAAGGCCAACUGUGCAUCGUUUAUCAACACAUUCCAAGACGGAUACAACACUAUGGUCGGUGAACGUGGUAUUAGUUUAAGUGGAGGGCAAAAGCAACGUAUUGCUAUCGCACGUGCUCUCCUCAAGAAUCCCUCUAUUCUUGUUUUAGAUGAGGCAACAAGUGCACUCGAUUCCGAGUCUGAAGUUCUCGUACAGGAUGCGUUGAACAAUCUUAUGCAAGGUCGCACUGUAUUUACAAUUGCCCAUCGCUUGUCAACUAUUCGCUCGGCUGAUUUGGUAGCUUGUUUAAGCAAUGGUGGCGUGGCCGAACUCGGUACAUACCAGGAACUUCUUCACAAAGAAGGAGGUGUCUUCCGCCGUCUUGUUGAGCUCCAGUCUCUUGGCGGAAAUACUCAUUCAGACGAAGAAAAGAAUUAAGCCCGCAUAAUAUACGCCAUAACCUCCCAAUCAUAACCUCCCUCCUCUUUUUACUUUUACAUUCAAAAUACUAAAAAUCACUCCCCCCUCUUCAAUAGAAAUAUUUCCAGU